GCCGUUAUGAGGUCAAUAGUCGCUAGAUGGUGCACAGUGAGCCAUCUGUAAUGAAUGGGCCGAUUUAUAUUCUCUUUCUGGGCGGUAUCUCACGUUAACAAGCUGCACUGACGAGAAUGAAAAUAAAUGCUUUUUAAUCCCAGCGUUUAGGGAAGAUACCAUGGACACUAGUAGUGAAGAUGGAGACAGUGCUGAUCGUGCCUUCUAUUAUAAUGCAGCGCAGUACAGAGUGAACUAUGUCCAAGGGAGAAACACAACGGAGGUUAAAUAUGAUAAACAUGAAGAAUUCAACAAAAAGAGGUAUCCCGUUUGUCGCUCUGGCAACAACCCAGGCAGAGUGAGGCGGGUGGUGUCAUGUAAGAGGAAGACCCAUCAUCAAACCGUGGUUCGGAGGAAGCAGCUCAGUUCUGGGAGGCCUUCUGAAGCAGCAAACAAAGAAAAUGACAUUGAAUGCUCGCAAGACACACAGCAGAAAAAACUCCAUGUGGACCCAUUAGAGGUCCCAAUAAAUCUCAAGACCGGUCAGACAGGUUUGGAGCAGGGUGACUACUGUACACUUUCUGAGAUCACAAAGGACCAUGGCACAAUGACAGAUGUGCUGUUUGGAAGAAAUCUACGACUCAAGGUGGCUUUGACUCUAUGGCAGAGAAAUGUUGGAGAGCUGUUGACAUACCUGCUGAGAAUACAAGAUACUGGUGUGAUUGUUGACUUUCUACCACUGAUAUGCAAAAGCAUUGAUGAGGACCCAUCCAGUAUAACCAUUGGCUGUUGUGUUGACCUCUUCCCUUUAGUUAGGAAAGUCCUCAGCAGUACAUAUGAAGAGUACCUUAUUGUUGGUUUAAAAUGGAUACACUCAGUUUUAAAAAAGUGGUGGAAGGAGUUACAAACAAGUGGCUGUAGUGGAUCAAUUCAGCCUCAGUUGGAUGAAAAUUUCCAAGUUUUCAAUCAACAGUUAUGGGAGUUGUGGCACCAGGAACCUCUCCUAAAAUCUGUUCAAGGAGCGGGAGGAGAUUUUGCAAAGGUUGCUGAUUCCUUCCUGUUACAACUUAAACAAUGAUUUUGUGUUAUCCACACAAUAUCUUUCUCUGCCAACAUCCUGACAUAAAAUUGGGACUCAUCAGUAAAAUCCAUGGAUGAAGCUGCUAUUCUUACCAAUGAAAGCCGUUAUAUUAUACUCUAAGCAUCAUGAGAUCGUACUGUGAGCUUUAUGUACUAUAUCAGUGGAUUCUCGGAAAAUGUCAGCAGUUAAGAUAAAGCGAAGGUGCAAUAGCAGCUUAAUAAUGCCUGGAAUCUGAUUUGAUUGCCUCCUCAGUGACAUAGCAGAGUGUUGUAAUGAUCAUAGACUAAUGCUGCUGAAAUAUUGACUGAACAGAAAUAUUUUUGUUAAAUGGUGUGUUGAAU